AUGGCGUCCGGGGACAAGGAGUACCGGCCGAUGGUCACUUGGAUGUACGACCUGAUCCUCUGGUUCCUGUCGCUGCUGGUCGACCUCUUCUUCCGCGAAGUGCAUCCUCGCGGCUCAUGGAAGGUCCCCAAGAGAGGGCCAGUGAUUCUGGUCGCUGCUCCUCAUGCCAAUCAGUUCGUGGACUCCCUGAUACUGAUGCGCGUUAUGCGCAUGGAACUUCACCGUCGAAUCGCCUUCCUCAUCGCUCAAAAGUCGUUCAAACGCCGUUUCGUCGGCUUACUUGCUCGAUUCACCGGCUCUGUACCCGUUACGCGAGCAAUGGACAACCUGAAGCCAGGGAAAGGAACCAUCUAUCUACCGGACCCAGUCAACAAUCCUACCCUUCUGCGUGGCCACGGAACAGACUUCACUUCCUCCGCUUUUGAAGUUGGAGGUACCAUAUCGUUGCCGUCUGUUGGUGGACGCUCGAGCAGUACAGAUAUCGGCGAGAUCAAGGGACCAGAGGAGAUUAUAUUGAAGAAACCGUUCAAGACUCAGCAGGCGCUGCAGCAGUUGACGGGACGAGACGACAUCGACGAAGAGUGCAACUUUAAAAAGGGCGCGGAUGGGAAGAGUCCGGCUGGCUUUCAGGGCUCGAGGUUCAAGGUCGCGCCGCAUGUUGACCAGACGCAGGUGUACAAUGCUGUCUUUGAAACUUUGAAUCAUGGAGGCUGUAUUGGUAUCUUCCCGGAGGGCGGAAGUCAUGAUCGUCCGGAUUUGUUGCCAUUGAAAGCUGGUGUUGCGCUGAUGGCACUUGGAGCCGUGGCUGCUAACCCUGACUGCGAUGUGACUAUUAUACCUGUUGGAAUGAACUACUUCCAUGCCCACAAGUUCCGGUCUCGGGCUGUCAUUGAAUUUGGAAACCCGGUCAAGGUGCCUCCGGAGCUGGUCAAGAUGUACAAGGAGGGCCAGAAGCGAGAGUCUGUAGGCACGCUGUUGGACACGAUAUACCAGGCCCUAGUCACCGUCACCGUCACAUCUCCUGACUACGAAUCACUCAUGGUCAUUCAAGCUGCGAGACGACUGUACAACCCUACAGGGAAGAAACUGCCCCUGCCGAUGGUUGUCGAGCUCAACCGUCGUCUGGCCAAGGGCUAUGCUCACUACAAGGACGAUCCCCGGAUCAUCAGCCUGAAGAAGUCUGUGCUGGACUAUAACAAGCAGCUCCGUAUCCUAGGCAUCCGAGACCACCAGGUCCAGUAUGCCAAAUUCUCCAUUUUCAAAGUCGUUGCCACUCUCAUCUACCGACUGGGCAAGCUGGUAGUCAUGGCUAUCGGCACCCUACCCGGCUUCGUCCUCUUCCUGCCCGUGUUCGUGGCCACCAAGCUUAUCUCUAUCAAAAAAUCCCGAGAGGCACUGGCGGCGUCCAGCGUGAAGAUCCAAGGCCGCGACGUGAUGGCUACCUGGAAGCUGCUCGUGGCCCUGGCCUUUGCGCCGCUGCUCUACACCUUCUACACCGUUCUGCUCACUUACUGGACCUACAGCCACCGGGUCUGGGGAUACGUGCCCGGCUGGGUCCCGCUCUGGACCAUCGUCCCGCUCGGCUUCUGGAUCUUCCCGUCCAUCACCUUUGCCGCUCUCCGAAUAGGAGAAAUCGGCAUGGACAUCCUCAAGUCUCUCCGUCCACUGGUCCUCUCUCUCAACCCAAGCUCAGCCAACACACUCGUCCGGCUCCGAGAACGACGGGCCGAGCUAUCCAUCCAAGUAACCGACCUAAUCAACACCUUGGGCCCAGAGAUGUUCCCUGACUUCGACUCCUCCCGCGUCGUCUCCAACCCCUUCAAGGACACCAUCUUCCGCGAGAACCUGCCGUCUUCCUCCCUCGAGUCCCUCGAGGACACCCACGAGACGGAAGAACCACUGGACGACUACGGCCGUCCACGAGUCAUCCACCGCUCGCACACCGAAUCCUCCAUGCAGGACCAGCUGCCUCGCAAUGAAUCCUUCCACGACCUCGCCAGCUUCGGCUUCUUCUCUACCCGGCCCUCCAGCCGCAGUCGCAGCCGCAGCAGCUCCAAUGGCGGCCUGAUAGGUUCCUCUGGCUUCCCGCUCAAGGAGUUCAGCACGCUCGACACGAAGGAGAGCUUCGACGAGGUGAGCAAGCGUAUCCGGGGCGCGAUGCGGGAGCGAGGCCGCCAACGACGGCGCAAGAGCGAGGACUCGAACAUGUGGGAAGCCGCCUCGGACUCUGGAUCUCCGUCUCCAGAGAACCGCAAGGACGUUUAA